AUGCGGAACAUAAGUCUUGUUAUUGAGACAGACUACGGAGGCUCCGCUGGCUGUGUGUUGGCCAGGGAGAAAGCGCCAGAAUUCUUGGCAGGCGGCUUUCAAUUUGUGUUCAUCGAGUCUGAAAACAGCAGCGUACUGAACAACUCCGCAGCAAUGGCACGAAUUGUGGAACGCAUGAGGGAGGCACACACAGAGUUUGUCUCUGCGUGUCUUCACCCAGACCGGGCGACGUUAUUUAUUGAGGAAGCUUGGCAGGCUGAGCUCCCUUUGAAAGGUCGCUUCAUGGGUUCUGGGCCAACUAUCCCAGAAUGGGUGGACAAUCUGGGCCCUAUGGCCCUGGACGUGCUCACAUUUGCUGACUGGCACCACACAAUUAACCUCACGAACCUGGCACUCUUCGAAUCUGUUGAGGAAUUUGUUGAGUUGUUGGAGGGAGUGGACGGCAAAAGAGUGGAUUUCACAUUUCCUGCUCAAACUGCAUCUUUUUAUGUGCUCAUGAGUGCAAUCCAGAAAGCCUUUGAAGGAUGCAACACCACCGAGACAGCUGGAGACGUCAAUUUGUUGCUGAAUGACACCUCAGCCAUAAGUUGUGACAAAGGCAAGGCGCUUGGUUACGAUCGAGUCCUUGAGACACUGGAGCUGAGCGAUUUCGAAGGCACGAUUCUGGGGCCCGUUAAGUUUGACAAGAACCACCGCAACAUUGGCCUUGGUAGCAUCACGAUUCAGGUUGUCAACAAUAGUGGCUCCUUUGAGACCGUAGUGGUGCUUCCUCUGUCGAUCGCCAACAGCUCUCAUGCACUGAAGAUCCCAGGCAGCAAUCCAUUCAAGCCUGAGAGGUGUCCCAAAGGAACGUUCCGUGGACCAGAUGAGUUCAACCCGUGCCCAAAGUGCCCACCUGGCACAUUUUCUGGUGAGGAAGGCAGAGAUUUGUGCCAGGAAUGUGGCAGUGAUGAAUAUACAGACCGUGGAGAAGGACAGACUGGGUGCAUCCCUUGUCCAGAAAAUACGGAGAGGAGGGCUGGUGGUGGCUUUGACUUUUGUGAGUUUAGAGACAGCCACGGUUCUAUUUUCUGUGAAAGCUGCACCCUCGAUCUUGGGGAUGAAAACAUCACAUGCCUCAACUGUGAAGAGACAAGCAGCGGGGAUCGAGCUAGGGGUGUGUCAAUUUGUGACUGUGAAUGUGUUCCUGGAUUUUAUGACCCUCAGAGAAGGGCUGGGAGGGAUUGCAAGGAGUGCCCAGAUGGGGCCGAAUGUGAAGGCCAUCGCGAGUUGCCAUACCCCCUUGCUGGGUACUGGGGAAAUAGUAGUUUCAGGGACGAGAUGUACGUCUGCGAUCUUCCCAAAGCUUGCAAGGGUGGGAAAAACUUCUCUGAUCUGUGCACAGAAGAAUAUACAGGUCGUCUCUGUGCUGACUGUCAGUCAGGGUACUUCAAGAUCGUUGAACACUGCUUUGAAUGCAUGAGCACAGCCUCUACAGUGAUGCUCAUGGUCAUCGUAUUUGCCAUGUGGCUCAUCAUCAACUCAGUUGUUGCUCUACGGGUUGAAACUGUUGAGUUGAUGCUGAAUUUCGUGCAGCUUGCAAACAUCAUUGGAUCAUUGCCUCUGGAGUGGCCCAAGUCCCUCAGGCAGGUGUUUGGUGUCGCAAGUAUCUUGGACUUUGAUGUUGAUGUUGUGGAGCCGAGCUGCUUUGCAUCCUGGUCGUUCACCAACAAUUUCUUUGUGCAACUUGGUCUUCCCAUUGUGAUGUCCUUUCUGGCGCUGCUGUGGUUUCUGCUUGGUGUGCUGAGAUUCUACACAUCGAAGUGGUACCUGCAGGCACACAACCACUUUGUGGAGUGGUUUCGGGCUGCCACCGUGUAUCAAUGGGAUGUCCGCAGAACAAGCUUCCGUGGGGAAAGUUUCAUUUCUAUGGAAUUUGACAAGUUUGUUGCACAUUGCAUGGCUGCCAUUGAGGUGACCUACCUUACUACAACAAGGUACUGUUUGGAUGUCUUGGCUUGCACAGAUGUGGCGGGGGUCUCUGUCUUGACAGCUUCUCCUGAAACGGUGUGUGGUUCUGACAAACAUGAGACCUUGCGUGGAUUUGCUAUCGCUGGGCUCAUUCUCUACACGGGAGGGUACUUGGCAUUCGUCGUCUUUCAGCUAACAACCAUGCAGCAAACAAAGAGCUUCAAGCUGUCCAGCAACAUUAGACGAUAUGGCUUCGUUUAUGAACGAUUUGAGCUGGAGUAUACUUGGACAGCAGUUCUGACCCUGCUUGUCAGGAUCUUCUUUGUUGCAGCCAUGGUCCUUGUGCGCAACCCACUCUCGGCAGUAGGCAUCAUCGCGGUUGUUACCAUGGUUUGGCUGUUUGUUCAUGUGUACACCCUACCCUACGUGAAGGAUGAGCUCGACUUGCUCCAGAGUUUCUUCCUGGUUUGCCUUGCGGCAUUUGCAAUGAGCGGCCUCAUGUUCUCUUGCAAGAAUUUGCCCAGCACUGCAAGGACCAUCCUGACAGGGGGAGUGCUUGGCCUAGUCUUCAUCAUGUGCACCAUAACCUUUUUCUUCUUCUUGAUGGAGAUUUUCCAGAAGAUCUGCAUAUGGGUAGGUUGCCACAUAGGCACUGUUUGUGUGCUCUCAUGUCGUUUUCGUUGGUAG